UAUCAUUAUCCUUGUAUUAAACUUGGAAUGUUAUAAUAAUGAUUUUAACUACUUUGUAGACUAUGGUAGUGUUUGUUUUGUGUAUGUUAUUUGUUUUAGAGAAUGAAGAACUGCGUAAUUGUAAAGUUGGCGAUGCUUAGAAAUAAAAAUGAGUUUGAGAAAAGUACAAGUUAGAAUGUUAGAUUAUUAUAAUGUGAUUUAAUUUGGCAAAAUAUGAUAGAAAACUCUAAACUCUAAAGUAUUGUAAGCAUACAUCUCCUAACACAGCUUUUAAAUUCGAAAAGCAAAGCUAAGAUGUUUGUACUUGACUAAAAUUUGAUGGUCCGGUCUGAUAAAUGUCAGGUCUCUUUGUAUUUUAUAACUAUGAAAGUCUGGUCUGGUCUAGCCCGUUUAAGCCUGGUCUGGUCUUGUUUGUUAAAGACUGGUCUGGAACUAAAAACAAUCCAAGUAAAUAUAUUCUUAAGUACAAAGUAUAAAACAAUUAUUUAAAAAUUAAUUCAAGAAGAUAUGCUGUGGUGCAUGAUGUUUGAUGAUAAUAUUGUAUUGAUUGAUGAGACACAAUUGAGUGUUAAAGUAAAGUUGGAACUAUGUCGACAAAUAUUGGAGACCAAAGGCUUUAGACUGAGCUGAAGCAAGAUUGACAAUAUGAAGUGCAAGUUUGGUGGAGGUAGAAGUAGUAGUAACAAUGGGAUUACUUUGGAUGGUAAAGAGAUACUGAUGAGUGAUAUGCUCCUUUAUUUGGGUUCCAUAAUUCAGAAGGAUAGAUGAUUAAUUAGAUGGAGAUGUAUCACAUAGAAUCAGAGUUGUGUGGAUGAAAUGGAAGAGUGCAUCAACAUUUCUAUGCGAUCGAUGUAUGCUGACUAGGCUGAAUGACAAAUAUUAUUGAACAUCAAUUAGGUUUGCAUUAAUGUAUGGCGUAGAGUGUUAGGCGGUGAAACUAGGGAUGGCCUCGGGCCGGUUCGAGCCUGGGCCCGGCCGGGCCUCGGGUCUGUUUUGUUGGGCCCGAGCCCGAACCGGUGGCCACCGGUUUCGGGUCCGGUUCCGGGCCGGACCGGGCCGGGCCACCCGGUUAGUUUAUUUUUUUUCCCUUUUCUUUUCUCCCCCCCCCCACCCCCCAAACCCCCCAAACCCCCCAAACCGGUCCUAAACAUCAAGCCCAACUCAAUAAAGCCCAAAAAAAAUGAAAAAAACAAACAAAAAAAAGUUUUUGGCCCGGGCCCGACCCAGCCGGGCCGGUUCGCCAAAAAUUGUAACCGAGCCCGGAACCGCCCAAGCCCCCGGGCCUAGGCCCGAACCGGACCCGGACCCGAAAAACCGGGUCGGGCCGGUCCCGCACAGUAGCGGGUCGGGCCGGUCCCGCACAGUAGCGGGCCGGGCCGGUUCCCGGGCCGGGCAGCCCGAACUGAGGCCAUCCCUAGGUGAAACAAUGUCACAUUCAAAAUAUGAGUGUGACAGAGAUGCGUAUGCUGCGUUGAAUGUGUUGACAUACCAGAAAAGACCGCUGGAGGAAUGACAUAAUCAGACAAAAGCUGGGAGUAACACCUAUAGAAGAUAAGAUGCAGGAGUCUCGUUUGCGGUGGUUUGGGCAUGUUCUUAGAAUACCGAGUGAUGCACCUGUUAGACGACUUGAGGGGUGAGGAGAGGAGACAGAGGAGAGACAGGGGAAGACCCAAACAAACUUGGAUUAGAGGAAUCAAAAUUGAUAUGCGUCUUCUUGGGUUGGAUGAAAGUAUGAAUUUGAAAAGAGUAUGACUUUGGAAAGAGCAAAAUGGAUGGAGCACAUUCGUGUGGAUGAGUGAUCUAUUCUCUCUCUCUGUGUGUGUGUUCUUAUGUUAUGUUUAUGUUCUAUCUUUUUUAUGCUCUUUUGUCUUUUUAUCUUUUAUCUUUAUUAUAUUAUUAUGUUUUAGUUAUCUUAUAUUUACUUUAUCUUAUCCAUUUUUAACUUACUCUUUUCCCCUUAUCUUUUUUUUACUUUUACGCACUAAUAACAUGAAUCGAUAUGUUAGUCAACCCCAAAAUCUUUUAGGAUUCAAGCUUGACCAUUGUUGUUGUAUUACUUUUAAUUUUUUAAUAUGUUCGUAUGCUAUGAAUAUUACUAAAAGCCAUAGGAAAGAUUAACACUGAUAAUCCAACCAAUUCAUGAUCUUCUAUUAUUAAUCCCUCAUAUGAGUUAUUCUAAAUUAAUACCGAUUAAGGAGUCAACUUUCCCGAACAUUCUGUUAACUUGAAGCCCAGAUCUUAGCCGGUAAUAAAGAAUCACGUGAUUGCAGGCCUCUCAUGUAAGAAAGUAAGUAAUUGUAGUCGAAGAAUGCAAACAAAAGCAUUCGCCAUGAAGUUCGUGAGUGGUCCUCUUCUUGGAAAUGCAACUCAACUAGAGAAUGGAGAUUGUGGGUACUUUCAAUGGUACAAUGACAACCACUUGCAUUAUGAUGAAUACAAAAUGAUUAACAAAGACACAGUGAUUGAGAAAUUGUUGGCAGAGAAGAAGAUCUUGGAAGAAAAAUUACAAAAGCUGAAGAACAAGAAAAAUAAAAUGAGUGUUGUGAUAACUGAAGUGGAGAUGAUGGCUUCCAAAAAUCCUAAAGGAGAAAGAUAUGUGUUGGGAUCUUAGGGUCCGGCCCAGUAACUCGGCCCAAAAUAUCCUUAAAGCCCAAAAGAAGCAGUGAAGCCCAAUGAAUAUCAGGCAGAGCAUUGGGGUCCCGAACGGGUUCUCGCCCACUGAGCAUGAACCGUUCGGUAGUUCCCAAAUGGGUCAAGUUCCAUACUUGACAGAUAACGAGCAUCCUUCUUGGUUACUAAUUACAUCAGCCUAAAGUACCAAUUGAGAAAGCCUUGCAAGUGGCAAGGGCACAUUUAAUGCCGGAGUAUGGGUACUCAAGUGAGAGCAUGGGUGUUGCAAGUGGCAAAGGGGUCAGCCAUUCAAAAUCCGCCACGUCAUCUCACCCAUCUACCCACCUCUAGUAUACAUCGUAACAUUUAUUUUAUUGUAAAGAGUUAGCAUUUUGAUACUCAUUAGCAUUAUACUUGACUCUAGUUCUUGUAUUAUUAGUUUGUCCGUACUCCAUUGAGUCAUUUCUCUGUAAUAACACAAUCUCACUAAUGCAAUUGGAGCCAUUGAG